AGACCUUGUGGGACGAAAUGUGAGUCUCACAUUUGUCCUGCUUAGCACCCAUGAAAAAUGAAGAAGGUGACCUGAAGUAUCACCUGAGAGCAAGCUACAGACCAGGAAGAAAGGUGUGUUUUUCCCAUAGUCCGCCUCCGUUUCCAGCCAGGUGAAGGGAGGUGUCCAAAUAUGGGCUGGGUAUGACGACAUGAUCACGCUCGCUGGAGAACCCCUUUCUCACCCUUAUUUGUGCUUUCAAUUACCACGGAGCAUUUUACACCAAGAAGUCACUCUCCGGUUUUCUGACACGGAAGAGCUCCAUGGUCCGUGGCUCUGAAAGAAGGCAAGCUCUUACAUCAUGGAUACACAGAGCGACAAACAAAGGCUCAAUAAUAAUAGCCAGCUGAUCCUCGUGCCCCACAAAGACACCAUUCGUUUGCUGGAGGUGUAUGUGAAGCGCAGCCUGAGUUUAAAUGAUGGCGCCCCACAGAGUAAGAGGGCUGAGAGGAAGGCUAAAUGGGUGACAAUGCCCCAAAAGCAGAGGCGACAUUCCAGUGACCCAUCCAUUCACCUGAGUGGGGGAUUAGUGGAUGGUGAAAUAGGUACUUUUGCUGGUGUUGAACCUCAAGCAAUUCUGUCAGAGACACUUCCAGAAGAAAAGGAAAAAUCUAACCUGAAUAAAUCUAAAAAACUGAAAAAGCUGUCACUAUGGAAAAGUUUUUUGGGACUUUUCUCUCGGAAGAAUGCUGAUGAGAAAGAUGAUGAGCAGGAGAAUCCGGCACAGAUUCCUCAAACAAGCACCAAUGAUGAGACCUUUGAGGCAGUGCCCACCUGCCCCCCCACUGCAGUAUCUGCCAGUGUGCAAAGGAAAAAGCUUACAAAACGAAAAACUAUGAAAAAACGUCUCUCCAGAAGACUGUCACUGCUGAAAUCCAAUAAAUUUGAAGAUGUUAACCCAGCUGACAUCUCAGUUGAAGCUGUUAUGAGCGUUCAACCAACAUACUCAUACUAUGAAAAGGUGUCAGAGGAACUUGAGAAAAUAGUUCAUGAGGUCAAAGUAAAUGAGGAAGCAAAACUUCUCACAGAUGAUGAAGUUAUCAAACGAAUCAUUGCUUUGACAAAAGAAGAGGGGGAUGCUAUUGAUGACAAGAUUAAAGAUAACCCCACAUUGAGCAACUUCUUCCAGAAGAUGUCAUAUUCAUCUUUCCAAAUGUUAGCAGACGCAUACCUUGAAAACAAGGCCUCUCCUGUCCAGAAUCCACUCACAGUUCCUCAGACUGCUCCUGAACUGGUCAAGCUGGCCUUCACUCUGGACUUCACAGCCAGAAUAGCUGGACUCUCCAGACAAAACAUUGGCCAUAUUACUGGCCUCGGGAACCGUUAUCUACAGGACAGAUUUGAAUAUGGACAGGCAUGUACGGAUCAUCCAUGGUCUGAUUGUGAUGACUGAAAAGCUGUGUUACCGUUAUUAAAAUGUGAACAUUCUUUUGGAUGUUUUUAAAGCCUUGUAUGUAAUUGUUUGAAGAAUCUAGUUGGAUUGCUUUUGUGUACUUCAAAUGAUAUUGACAAAAAGUGUUGGAUAAUUGUCUGUAUGUAAUGUUCAAAGUUGGUGCAGUUUCUGUAACUAACUCAGACAUUCAUACACUGAAUCUCAUGACAACACUACAGUAGUUUGUAGAUUUUAUUGAGAUAAGGUAGAAUUGAUGUGGAAUAUUGUUUUCUACUUGUUUACAAAUCAGGGAUCAGACAAACACACUGUGAUGUCACUAUUGUGUAUUAAUGAAUGCCGGCAUUCUUUUAUAAUUUAAGUAAAUUCAUAAUUACAUUUGUUUGUUUGAAUGCAUGUUUCAUUCAGCAUAUCUUUAAAAUGUUUGUUUAUGAAUAGUCUAAUCACGCAGCAAGAUUGUGAUAUCCAGUGAUGGGUCUGGUAGAAAUCUGCUCAGAGUGCUCAUGUGUUUAUUUGUCCUGUAUGCAAUCUCAUAACAGAAUCACAUUGAAUUGUAGGGUUGGACCAUUAAUUCAACUCUGUUUACAAACGUGAUUCGUUUUAGUCCAAUGCAUUGUAGAUCCACUUAAAAUGUUACCAGUUAGAUAAUUUGUGACUGCUAGGCUCUUAAACUCAGUGAUCCUUUCAUCCCCCCGUACCUGAUGUCAGUUAGGGAAGUGUAAAAAAAUAAAAACAGUUGAGAUUUAUCAUUUACUACAUAAAUAUCACUGGUCUUUUAUAAAAGAAAAAAGGAAAACAAUUUGGCAUCAAUGCCAAAUUGUUAGAAAGCCAGCUCCAAAAAUUAAACUGCAAAUUCUGCAACAAGUCAAUGGUUGGAGCAUUGGUACACAAGUCUGAAGCAGGGUAGUUGGCAGACCAGUAUUAUAAACCAGUUAUUUAAGCAGUUCUUAUUUAAUGUUCAAGUAGUACUGCUCAAACAGCUGAACAUCCUUAUUACAUUUAUACACAUGCUAUUCCUACAAAUAUGAGUAGAAAUGGGAAUGCUUUGACUCCAACUGGUAAAUCAAAUUCACCCCUGACCUGGAAACAAAGAAAAG